GUAGCGCUUAUUCCGACUGAGUGUGCCAGUGUAUUCACGGGUGUCCAGAUUUGUUGCGCGAUCGGCCACACGGAAUAAUUUACUAUGGCUGGACGGGGAAAUGGUCGUUAUGGAUAUGAUGAUGAAGCGUAUUGGGAUUACUGGCCUCAUUAUGAGCGACGUAGAUUUGUGGAGGCAUCUUGGAGAAGGCGGGGCCGUGGAAUCGCACCUUAUCCCUACCACUACCCAACACCACCCUUGUAUGGCGAGGGAUCUACCCGUACGACCUGGGUCAGUCCGCCUGCACGACCCUCACCGCCUCCGUUCUACGCUGCAAGAACUCCUGUGUCCACACCGGAGUUGGAGUCUCGGACAUUACCUUUAUCUUCCACAGUGGUGCCACCAGUGUACCCUGCUACGGUCACUUCUGAUCCUGUGAUAUCCUAUUCGUUCCCGAGUACCACUACGCCCCCUCUAGACACAGGAUCACAACCCCUUUCCGUUAAUGUUGAUCUCACGGGAUCUUUGUCUUCAUCUACCCCGUUACCGGCGGGAUUGCCGGAUGAUUUAGCGUCAUUAGACAAUAACAGUCUCUUGCAAGACAUUUCUUUUGAUGGGGAUUCUAAACUUUUGGAUGUGAACAACAAUCUAGACUCCCAAGAUCGUAAGGUUGUCUUAUGCUCACAGGCAUCAAAUGUGUCGGAUGCCUCCGUGUCACUCAAGAAAUAUAAAGGUCCACUUACGGGGGCAUAUGUUUGCCCUACUUGCGAUCGCACUUUCAAGCGUAGAUCUAAUCUCACUUCUCAUCUUAAAAAAGCGCAUGAUCAGAUCGACGAGAGUAACGACGAAGCUAGUCGAGUUGUUAAAACCAGUGUGAUUAUUCAAAAGCAUGACAAACAGGGAGUUGUUGAGUCGUCCGAGACGCUAGUUUCAUAUUGGUAAAUGUAGCGCUAGUUACGGGUGUUUCCUGGGUAAAGGAAUAAACUUUGUGACUUUUGUGUAUACUUUAUUAUACAUACAUCAUGGACCAGAUAAUGUGUCCGCGUAGUGUAAGUUAGUAUAAGAUAUUUCAUGUAUACGAUAUGUGCAAUGUUUGACAUUUUGAUUCGCUAUUGGGCGUUAUAUUUUUCAUAUGCGGUUUCUUAAUGCAUUUUCAUUUUUAGUAUUUUCUUUGUUCGGUUCGAGGGCGAACCUAUAUCAUCGGAUGGGAGGAAUGUAAUGAAAAUGCAAUUUAAUUUUGUGUUCUCCCGGGGAGUUACACUGAACGAACUGUGGUUUGUUUAUAAAAAAUUAGGAUUUUGUUCGGAUCUUCAAUUUCUUGUUCCGUAUGUCGGUUUAGUUGUUCCCACUUACUCAUUUUUAAUAUAUGUGUGCUCCGAUUUAUAAAUUUAGGAAGAUCAUAGUGAUUAGUCUGUAUUCCCCGGAGAAUUUCGUGAAACUAUUUGGCAAUAAAUUUCGAUUGAUAAACCGGAUAUUAAUUUUCUUCCGGAACUAUUUUUAUGUUCAUUUCACGUUAUUUCUUGCACAUUUCUUCCUUUUUAUACAAUCAAACACAUUUAGUUUUAUCUCUUGUAUUUUCUUUCUACAUUUUGCAUACUAGUCACCGUAACCAUUGUCUAUUUAGUUUAUCCGGCGUACUUAUUUGCGACUUAUUUCCAUACGCGCGGUUAAAGGUAGUGACCUGGGUUAUAAAAGAAAUCUCUAUUGGCAAAAGUGCGCACUCAUCGAUAUUUCAAUGGACAUACCCUGUGCGGCGGCGUGGCGAUAUUUUACAUGUUGUAACGUGCUAUUUGGAUUAUAGUCGCAUUAUUGAAUCUUGGAUAAUUGAGGAUAAUUGUCGAUGUGUUCGAGUUUGGAGUAGUACUUCCGAGAUCUGCGAUUUAGUAGCGCUU